CUGUAAAGUGCGUUGUAAAGUAUAACUUGUACUUCUUUUGCAGUUGCAGUAGUUGAGGGAGAUGAGCCGAUGAGACCGGUCCAUAACUCAUGCUGUGAUGCUCGCGCUGUGCGGUGCUACCUCAGGAACUGGAGAGCAGCCGCUGACACACAGGGGAGACGGGAGGAGGAUGUUCCACUCUGCCACAUCUGGCAGCAGCUGGGCGUCUGUGUGUGUGUGUGUGUGUGUGUGUGUGUGUGUGUGUGUGUGUGUGUGUGUGUGUGUGUGUGUGUGUGUGUGUGUGUGUGUGUGUGUGUGUUUGAGAGAGAGGGAGUGCGUUGGGAGCGUGAAGGUGCUGCAGCUGUGGACCUGCUGCAUUUCCUUCAUCAUUGUGCGGCAGCUUCAAGUGGAGGAGCGUCAGAGGAAAUAAGAGAGACGGGGACGGACGGGCGGAGCGGGCGAGCGGAGAGGCCAGAGGAGCAGCGGCGCCGGUGCUGGGAUCACAGGUCUCGUCGUCACCUCACGCCGCGUCUGCAUGUUGAUCAUGGCCCCUCGCUCUGUGCUGCUGAUGUUGGCGGUGGUCACCACGGUAACCGGGGCCCGCACACACCGCGAGGACAACGAACUGGAUUAUGGGAACUGGAACUACAGAGAGGGAGCCGACAGCGUGAACGUGGCCUCGGUGCGAAGCGUGACCCGGGUUCUAGACGCCUGGGGAAAGCGCCUCUUCAGUGAGAUCAAGACUCUGCUCCACUCGCAGCCCUGCACGCUGCUGCCCGACUACUCCAGGGUGCGCCCUCUGUCCGAGUCCGUGAACGACCUGUUCAGAGAAGUCUCCCUCCUGCACGGACGAAUCACUGAGCUCUCUCAUCGCCUAGCAACGCUGGAGCCGUCUCUCCGUCGCCACGGCUACGGGGAGAAGGAGGAUGGGAAGGAGGAGGCGCGGCGCGCCCCUGCGCCUCAGCGUCUGAGAGGUGGGGCGGCGAGCCUGACACGCUACGCCCCCAGGAGCGCGGCGAGGGAGAGCUCGCCCGGGGGCGGCCAAGGGGUGAGGAGGAGACGGGUGAGGGUCCUGAAGAAGCCGGCUGAGGAGGAUGGAUAGAAGGAGAGACAGCGUGGAGGAGGGGGAAAUCGAGCCCAAAGUUUGCUCUGCAAAUAUUAUAAACAAUAGUCAAUUAUCUAUAUUGUGCUAAAGGGCCAAAGAAAGACAGAUACAUGAUAUUUUUAAUAAACUGUUUAUAAUCUU